CCUAGAUUGAAUGCUUGAUGUUCCCUCACUGUUUCCACUGAUGGCCCUGCAUCGUCGCCCCAUCCAUGAAGCGUUCCAGCGACGAAACGGCCACCCUUCGACGCAAGAAGCGCCAGCGGAAAGUGGUCGCGUCCUCCUCAGAGGAAAGCAAGGAAACCUCACAGGUUGAGAGCAAAAAACUCGAUGUUUCAAAACCCGGCCAAGAAAACGAAGAAAACGAAGACACUGAUGCAGGUGCUGAUGCAGGUGGAGAAGGACGGGAACCCUUGGAACCUGAAACUGCUCCCGAAGUUGAUCCUUCCCCGGCCCCGAAACCAGUGGUUGAGCCCGUGGAGGCCAACCAAGGGCGGAAACGGGACAAUGCCACGAAGGUUCUGCAUGCAGCCAGGGCCUGGUUGAAAGCACCAAGUCGCAAAACUGAUGCAGUGAUGCUGGAAAGAUGUACCGCAAUGAGUGGGUUGACCAAAAAAGAAAUUGCGGACUUUGUGGAGGCCAAUGCGAAAAGGAGACCUGGGGAGUGGUGUUUCACUGUGGUGGAUGAGCGCAUCAGGGCCAAGAAGGAGGAACAAGAAGCGAUUCAGGCUGCGACUGGAACUGUUUCUGCACCUGCUGAGCUAAACAAGCCCUCCAGCUCACAAGCCGAUGAGCCAGUGCAGUCUGCAAAGGCCGCGUCUGAGGCAUCGGCUGCACACAGAGGGCGACGCGCAAAGAGACCGAAGGCAGACAUCGCUUCGGACGGUGCAGAAGAGGCUUCGGUCCCACCCAUGGCCGCACCCGUGGCCCCACCUGUGGCCGCACCUGGGACCCCACCUGCGGCCCCACCUGUGGCUCCAUCUGGCACUUCAACUGCGGCCCCAGAGCCACAAAUGGCAGAUGCUAAGACUGGCUCCGCUUGCAAAAAGAGCAGUGCCAGUGCCAAACCACCUGAAAAGAACCCACCAGAGGUUGACCACCCACCAGCAUUGCCUGCUCCGCCACGGAGACGUGGACCCAAGCCCAGGGCCUCAAAAGCUGUGGCAGCUGUGCCACAGGCUUCCACUGCGUGUCCAGAACUGUCUUGCUUAGACCGCCUGGAAGCCACUCAGAGCCGUCGGAAAUUUGCUCCUUUGAGGCCGGGAACUCGAACAGUUCAGUCCACUGCCACCCUGACUGCCACAGCUCCAAAGGCAGCUGUCCAGCCGCCCAGCCGCAGUGGAUGUCGGCAUCCCAAGGUCAGCAAGAAAGAUUGUGCCAUGGUGUGCGACAUUUGCGGGGAAGAGCUGCUGUAUGAUGGUUGGAGGUUAGAGCUUUGUGAUGAGUUUGAUGUGUACAACUCUGCAACCAGCUGAAAUUUGGUUGGACCUCUUUGUUGGAGCUCGGCCCUGGAAA